GAACCUCUGUCCCAAGUAGGGGUGGUCGUAGAAAGGCCCGGUUAUAAAAGCGAUCGCGGCAAGCUGGCCAUCCAGUCCGGUGGUGGUUCAUCGGCAAGUACUCGUCGUGUGAGUGGUGCGACAAAUAGAUAGCGAAAAAUGUCUACUGCUGGACCAGAAAUGGUCACCGGAUCGGUGGCGGCCGUCUCUGCAUCCGGAUUCUCAGCGACCACGGUCUUCUUAACUCUCCUCGUCCCUGCCCUCGUACUCUACUACAUCUACUUCAGGAUCUCUAGACGUCACAUGCUCGAGCUGGCCGAAAAACUGCCAGGUCCUCCUGGUCUACCCAUUCUUGGAAACGCUCUCGAGUUCCUCGGCAGUUCUGACACGAUCUUCCAGAACUUCUUCAGGAGAUCCUUCGAGUACAACGAGGUGAUCAGGAUGUGGAUCGGGCCGAAGCUCAUAGUCUUCUUGGUCGAUCCGCGAGACGCUGAGGUGAUUCUCUCUAGUCACGUGUACAUCGAUAAAUCCGCCGAGUACAGAUUCUUCCAACCAUGGCUUGGAAACGGUCUCCUCAUCUCCACUGGUCAGAAAUGGCGUGCUCACCGCAAACUGAUAGCCCCGACCUUCCACUUGAACGUGCUGAAGAGCUUCAUAGACCUGUUCAACGCCAACUCCCGCGCUGUCGUGGAGAAGAUGCGCAAAGAGGGCACAAAGGAGUUUGAUUGCCAUAAUUACAUGUCGGAACUCACCGUCGAGAUCCUCCUGGAGACCGCCAUGGGCGUUUCAAAGUCCACCCAAGGUCGCAGCGGGUUCGAAUACGCCAUGGCUGUGAUGAAAAUGUGCGACAUCCUCCAUCUGCGUCACACGAAAGUGUGGCUCAGGCCAGACUGGCUCUUCAAUCUGUCCAAGUACAGCAAGGAUCAGAUGAAGCUGCUGGAGAUCAUUCACGGAUUGACCAAGAAGGUCAUCCAACGCAAGAAGGAGGAGUACAAGAGCGGAAAACGUAACCUUAUCGACACCAGCGCGCAGAAGGCCGAUGCCAAGACUAACAACACCUCAGUGGAUGGCAUUUCCUUUGGCCAGUCGGUGGGUCUCAAGGACGAUCUCGACGUCGAGGAUGACGUUGGCGAGAAGAAACGUCAGGCCUUCCUCGACCUCCUGAUCGAGGCUGGACAGGAAGGUGUCGUGCUCAACGACCAGGAAGUUAAGGACCAAGUAGACACCAUCAUGUUCGAGGGCCACGAUACAACAGCAUCUGGAUCUAGUUUCUUCCUCUCCAUGAUGGGCUGCCACCCUGAAAUUCAAGAGAAAGUGAUCCAAGAGCUCGACGAGAUCUUUGGCGACAGCGACAGGCCCGCCACUUUCCAGGAUACCUUGCAAAUGAAGUACCUCGAGCGUUGCCUCCUGGAAACGCUUCGCAUGUACCCACCUGUGCCCAUCAUUGCUCGUGAAAUUAAAACGGACUUGAAGUUGGCGUCAGGAGACUAUACAGUUCCAGCAGGGUGCACAGUCGUGAUCGCUACUUUCAAGAUCCACCGACAGCCACACAUCUAUCCUAACCCUGACAAAUUCGACCCUGACAACUUCCUGCCUGAGAAAACAGCAAAUCGUCAUUACUACGCGUUCGUGCCCUUCUCGGCUGGGCCACGAUCCUGUGUAGGACGAAAAUACGCCAUGUUGAAACUGAAGAUCGUUCUGUCCACCAUUCUGAGGAACUUCCGUGUCAUUUCGGACAUCAAGGAACCAGACUUCAGGCUGCAAGCCGACAUCAUCCUCAAGAGAGCCGAGGGAUUCAAGAUCAGGCUCGAGCCAAGGAAAGUGGUAGCUGCCACCGCCUAAACGAGACUUGGAGAGAUUUUGUAAAAAAUUAUUAUGAAAUUAAAGAAAAAACGAAACAAGGUGUAGCGGGUUUUCAAUGCUCCCGCACGCGCGAUGGUGCGCACGCGUGGGUAACCUUCUUUGCGUGUGUAAAUGUUGUAAGUAUAUUGCCGAAGGUUGUGUACCGUGGAUAGUUAUAUUUACUUAUAUUAUGUUGAUAUUUAUCUUGUGCAAUAAAUUAUGCAGCCAGUGCGCUGCGAAAUCUGAAUAAA